AUAACGCCACAGAAAGAACAGACGUUUUUAUUUUUCUGCCUUUGCGCCACAUAACAUGUUUGUUGGAGUCUGAGGCAAGCUGGUUACCGCUGGCUAAUUUUAAUACAAUCGUUUUAAUACGGUUUAUAAUCGUUUGGUGAAAUGGUAUCUCCGAGAGCUGACAGGGGGACAACCGCGCCUGUAACCGUGCGACCACUGUGGCCCCUCGAUGUUUGUGGUUUGUGUUGUAUGGAAUUGAAGCCUGACAGAAAUCCUCAACUCCUACCAUGCCUACAUUCUGUGUGUCGGGAGUGUGUUCCCCUAAGUGAUUUCAAGACAGAAUGUCCGGUCUGUGGAAGGCAAUACACUUCUUCCGAAAUCAUUGACAAUCCUUUCCUCCCUAGCUUCACCACUGAUUCAAAACCCUGGUGUGGGGGUUGUGAUGAGCCUGUGGUCUGUGGCUGGUGUGUAGAAUGUGGCGAACCGUUCUGUUCUGACUGUGUGGCAGCCCACAAGAGGGUGAAGUUAACACGCAACCAUAAUGUCCUACCCCAAUUACCUCCAGGUUUCAGCAGGACGGCAUUGUGUCCCAUCCAUAAGAGAGAGCAGAUGAAGCUUUUCUGUGUGACUUGUGAUCAGCUGACUUGCCGUGAUUGUCAGCUAACCUUCCACAAGGAGCACAAGUACCAGUUUGCCCAGGACGCUUUACAAGAGCAGAGGAAAUGCUUACAGUAUCUAAUCGAGACUGCGAGGAUGCAGAGAGGGACUGUGCAACAGAACCUACAGGACCUGGAUGGACGGCUGUCUGACUUGGAGGAUCUGCAGGAGAGUGUGAGGACAGAGGUCAAGGAUAUCCUCAAGGGCAUCUGGAGUGUCCUAGUGAAGAGGGCCAUGCAGCUUUCCAGGGAAAUGCAGGAUCACUGUUGGAAGGAGAGUGAGUGUGUCACAGAGAGACAGGCCCAUCUUAGGAAGCUGGGAGAGAGGCAGACAUAUGUGCUGGCCUUCACGGAGAAAGCCCUGAAGAGUGAGGAUCGCACCUCCCUGCUAUCCUGCAAAAGAUGGAUCCACUCUGAGCUGCAAGGCGUUCUAGGCAAAAACCCCAGCACAGUGUCUACAAUGAAGGAGCUGAAGCUCCACUGUGGCCAGGACAUCCACCAAACCCUUGGAUGUUUUGGGGAAAUUGUGACUAAGGAGGUUCCGUUUGCUCGACUAAACCUGAGAAAGACUCUGGUUUGUCCCAUUCAAAUCAAGCCUCCCAAAUGUUCUCUGGAACAGCAGAGAAACAGCAGAGCAUCCUCAACAUUGUCACCUUCAUCCCAGGAAACCUCCAGUAUGUCAGCGGGAAAUGCUCCCCUCUCCCAAUGUCAACCAACACUAAUGCGCUCGCUUUCUUGCCCCCGGUCCUCCCCCUAUCCACAUGAACCAGAGAGACUGUCAUUUUACCACUUUUCCCCUGACUCUCGCGGACCCUCUUUACAGGCACUAUCCUCUUCCCGCUCUGACAGCCCUCUGUCCUUGUUCUCUACGUCUGCUGUGAAUGCAACAGGUCCCCAGCGAUGUGCUGUAAACACGGAAAACAAUGACUGCUCGUCAUUAUCAGGGAUUGCACUGGACACCCUUGUCCCAUAUCACGGGUAUCAGGGUGGCUCCUCAAAGUCUGACCUGAUGGGGGAACUUGUUUCCCGGGCCUUUCAUGUCAAAAGGAAAGCAGGGGAUGAAAAUGUGGGUUCUCAAAUUAAACGAAGUUGUUUGCAGCCCUUGAAGGUACCAGCGGACUCCUCCUGUGAGAGGGUUCCCCCUAUAGGUGCUGAAAAGCAGGCUGGGGACGUGGCUGCUACCGUUGUCAUAGAAAGAGAAGCUACACCCAACAUUACGGACCAGAAUGCAACGGCUCCAGUGUACAGACAAGAAGCUACUAAGGCUUCAGGCAGCCGCCAAUCACAUUUGGUUGUUGGCAGGAGUGUCAAGACGGCCAAUCAGGUGGUUUUAGCUCCCUUCACACUCCCUGUCACCGGGAACUCUGUCACUUGGGGCAUGUCACCAGCUAAUGCCACUCUUUUUCCUGGUACUGUGAACACUCCCCCCAGCUUUGGAUGUGUAAGGGCUGUCCCCCCAUACUUGGUUUUGCCUGACACACUACCUACUGAGACUGACCCUGUCCACACAAAAAGUGUUAAUGUGACUGAAAUUGUGCAAAGGGAUUUUUCCCGGACUGGAAACCAGCCUGAAACGGUGCAGACGGACUCUGCCUUCAUUGGAACGGUGCAGACGGACUCUGCCUUCAUUGGAACGGUGCAGACGGACUCUGCCUUCAUUGGAACGGUGCAGACGGACUCUGCCUUCAUUGGAACGGUGCAGACGGACUCUGCCUUCAUUGGAACGGUGCAGACGGACUCUGCCUUCAUUGGAACGGUGCAGACGGACUCUGCCUUCAUUGGAACGGUGCAGACGGACUCUGCCUUCAUUGGAACGGUGCAGACGGACUCUGCCUUCAUUGGAACGGUGCAGACGGACUCUGCCUUCAUUGGAACGGUGCAGACGGACUCUGCCAGGGCAGAAACCCUGCAGAAUGAAAUUGUCCAGUCAAACUUCAAUGAGACUGAAACCGUGCAGACAGACCCUGUCCUGACUGAACCAGUUUAUGCAGUCCAGACAGACACUGUGCAGAUGGAACCAGUCCACAGUGAAACUGUCCUUACCGGCAUUGUGCAGACUGCGACUCUGCAGAGGGACCAAGCCCUAACUGACAGCGCAGAGAUUAUUCAGACAGACAUGUCAACCACCAAUGAGGUAUCCCCAAAUGACACUGUCAAUGUGGUCAGUGUCCCCAGCUGCACUCAGGAAGUUGAACUUGACCUCACCCUUGACCUCAGCAAUGAUUUCUGCUCUCCGAUAGUGGAGGAAGAUGACAAUAUGGCUGAUUUUGAUGUCAGUGCUGCUGACAGUAUUGAAGAGACUGGGUGCCAGGCGUCUGUUGGGCUUAAUAGCAGAUUUCCGCAGGUGUCUUUGCUUUGGAUGCCCAUCCUUGACGCCCAUGUUAGCGUCCCUCCAGCCCGCUUCCGCCUCGUCCCAGGGGUCAAAGGGCAGCAAACGGUCGUUCAGGUGAUCCAGACGGAUGCGCCGCAACCAGAGUCUCCUUGCUCCUCCAUGUCGAGCCCAGACAGUCUGAGGAGCACCCACCAGCUACGCCCCCUCCUGGCCAGGAGGAAACAUUGCACAGCAUGUAGGAUGUCAGGGAAUCUCACCCUGUGUGUCGUGUGUGGACGGCGCUUCCACAGGGAGUGUCACAUUCCACCCAUCUAUUCCUUAUCAACUGAGAGCUGGCAGUGUAUGCUGUGCCGGGACCUCUCUGAUCUGGUGUUGCUGCAGGACUACAGUGGGACCGACGGGGAACUGUGUAUGAGCCCUUCUGACCAAAUGAGAUGUGAGCGCUUACUACUCAUCCUUUUAUGCAGACAGUGCAGGGUUGUCCUCUACAGACCAGCCAAGCUCUCUUCCCGGUCUUCUCACUACAUUGACAUCACCAUGAUACGGGGACGGUUGCUACGGAAACUGGUCCCCCCUUACUGCACCCCGUCGGAAUUUGUGUCCGAUAUCUGGCUUCUCCUCCACACACUGUUGAAGAGCGUGAAGUCAGUGGACCGACUUCAGGCAUUUUUUGGGAAGGAGCUGGGCAAAACGUUUGAGGGGACCCUGCACCCUUCGCUGCUCGUCAAUCCCCACCAAGGGGAGGCGGGGAGGAAUGCGGAACAAGAGGGGGACAAGGAGAAAGUGACCAUGAGGAAGAAUCCGAGACCUCUCGAGGUAGAGCAUGCAGGCGAAGACAUUUCACGCGGGACUUAAUGAAAGGGAAAAGAAGCCUGUAUUUAUAUGUAUUGAUUUGAAUUGCUUGCUGAACAUGUUUGUACAUACAGUUGCCUCCAAAUAUAAUGGAACCACACUCGUCUUUAAAAAUUCGGUUUCUAAAAUAACAUUUCAUUUUUUGAAAAUGUGUUUAUUUGACCGCAACUGUAGUUGGUUACAAACACUGGGGAUAAAGUGUUUUUGUGUGUGUGUGCAUCUUUAUAUUUCGUAUCUAUUUACAAUAAACAUUUUU